AGUUUUAUUAUCGUUGUUCAUGUCGGGCUGGCUCAGGGGGGCAUUCGAAAGUGUUAAGGAGAAGAGCUCUACUCUCAGAACACGUGUGUCCCAAGUUCGGGUUGGUGGCCGAGGGUCUGCUAGCGUGGAAGCAGCGAUUGAAGCACUGGAGACACGAGCGUCGCAGGUGAGGAAUGUGCAAGCCUUGGUUGCAUUGUAUAAGGAGUGGCUCGGGGCCAUCAAAGAGGCUGAGGAUAGCAUGACAAGGCUCAUACCGGAACAGGAGAUCAUCACGAGAGCUCCUAUGUACAUCGAGGAUAUUCUCAGCGAUGGAGCUUUCGGACGCCCAAAACAACUUAAUUUCACACAAGUUUUGUUGAGAUCGCGAGCUGUUGAGGAGAAACUGUGCACGGCUGUGACGGCCACUUCGGGACCGCGAAUUCACACUACUAUAGCGGUUGGAAUAAUGAAUAACUGGCCACCAUCACAGACAGCACCAAGUCGGUCAGGGUCGUCGUCUACUACCAGUGUCACCGAUGGUGUCACCAAGGUCGAAAGGACUUUGGAAGAAUCAGCAUCUCGGAUGGAGCACGAAGCAGCAGUCCUUCUACAUGAGCUUCUAUCGCGUAGGUUGGCCGAUCUGGUCAAUAGAGCUCCCGAAUGA